UUUGCAGAUGGAUUUUGCAGGCUGUUAAAUCCCACUCCCGAAGACCUGCCCUGACAGCGCCUCUUUCCUAAGUGCUGUUAAAGGGACCUGAGCUUGCCGAGGUAGACAGUGGCCAUGUGACUGCUAAACCGGUUGCCAGAGGCGCGGCCAUUUUUGGGGUGGGCACCCAAUCUCUCGCCCUGUAAACUGCGGGGUGACGGGGACGCUGUUACCAGGACUCAAGAUGGCCACCGCGCCCGCUAGUCAGCUCGCUAGCCCGCGCGCCAGCGAGCUGGCACGAGACACGCGGUGGCCCGCGGCGUCUGGGGACGAUCUCCAGCCCUUCGCCCGGGGCGGAGCGCCCGCCCUCCCUCCAAUCAGCACGCCGGGCCGGCUCGCCAGGGGCCGCCCGCGCGCGGGGUGUGUGAGGACGCGCUCCCAGUCGCUGAGUGCCUGAGCCGGGAAGCAGUUGCUGUGGUACCUGCUGCUGCCGGAGCGGACGUAGAGCAUCGGACGCGGGCGCCGUGGCGUGGGGCAGGAGGGCGAAGCCAUGACGUCCGUCAGAGAAAAUAUUCUCUUUGGAAUGGGAAAUCCUCUGCUUGACAUCUCUGCUGUAGUGGACAAAGAUUUCCUUGAUAAGUAUUCUCUGAAACCAAAUGACCAAAUCUUGGCUGAAGACAAACACAAGGAACUGUUUGAUGAACUUGUGAAAAAAUUCAAAGUUGAAUAUCAUGCUGGUGGCUCUACCCAGAAUUCAAUUAAAGUGGCUCAGUGGAUGAUUCAACAGCCACACAAAGCAGCAACAUUUUUUGGAUGCAUUGGGAUAGAUAAAUUUGGGGAGAUCCUGAAGAGAAAAGCUGCUGAAGCCCAUGUGGAUGCUCAUUACUACGAGCAGAAUGAGCAGCCAACAGGAACUUGUGCUGCAUGCAUCACUGGUGACAACAGGUCCCUCGUAGCUAAUCUUGCUGCUGCCAAUUGUUAUAAAAAAGAAAAACAUCUUGAUCUGGAGAAAAACUGGAUGCUGGUAGAAAAAGCAAGAGUUUGUUAUAUAGCAGGCUUUUUUCUUACAGUUUCCCCAGAGUCAGUAUUAAAAGUGGCUUACCAUGCUUCUGAAAACAACAGGAUUUUCACUUUGAAUCUAUCUGCACCGUUUAUUAGCCAGUUCUACAAGGAAUCAUUGAUGAAAGUUAUGCCUUAUGUUGACAUACUUUUUGGAAAUGAGACAGAAGCUGCCACUUUUGCUAGAGAGCAAGGCUUUGAGACUAAAGACAUUAAAGAGAUAGCCAAAAAGACACAAGCCCUGCCAAAGAUGAACUCAAAGAGGCAGCGAAUCGUGAUCUUCACCCAAGGGAGAGAUGACACUAUAAUGGCUACAGAAAGUGAAGUCACUGCUUUUGCUGUCUUGGAUCAAGACCAGAAAGAAAUUAUUGAUACCAACGGAGCUGGAGAUGCAUUUGUUGGAGGUUUUCUGUCUCAACUGGUCUCUGACAAGCCUCUGACUGAAUGUAUCCGUGCUGGCCACUAUGCAGCAAGCAUCAUAAUUAGACGGACUGGCUGCACCUUUCCUGAGAAACCAGACUUCCACUGAUGGAAGAGCUGAAAAUACAAGCCCAGGAGUGCAGACACUGCCCUGAUUGCUUCCUGAGAAUUCCCAUAUUAAUAAGAAAAUUAUCUGCCAUUUUUUCCUACUAUAAUAAUGCUGAAUCUUAAUUUAGAGGGUACAAGGGUACGGUAAUGCUUGUAGAAUCUUUAUUAUCUCAACAAUCUAAAAAAUGAUGUUUAUUUCCAUAGUUUGAUAGUGCCACUUAAAUGCCAAUUAAACAAGAAUAUAACAUUUCAAUAGAAAUUUUUAUUUCAUUUUCAAUUACUUUGUAAAUUCAUGUGUAUUUAGUACACUGAUUUGUUUUUUUACAUUUCUGCUUUGAAUGCAGAUGCAAUUUAAUAUAAUAGGUUUUUUAAUGAAUUAAUCUUAACAUAGUAAUCUUUAGCUUUUUAUACAAAUAUAUUUAAUUUAGGAGUAUAUGUGUGUCUAUACACACACAUACAUAAAAUAUACCACAUAUAUACCUGAUAGUCAAAUAAGGUACAGAAAUUUUAUCUUGUCAAUUACGCCAAAUAAUGUCUUUAAUGUGCACUCAAACAUGUAAUAAACUUUGGAUAAUUAAA